AUGGAACAGUAUAUUGCCCAGGCUGAUCUACCAACACUUGAUCCAGAUAAGAAAAGAGAAAUGGAAGCCCCUAUCACUAAUUUGGAAGUAAUGGCAGCAAUAGAUUCCCUACCUAUAGAUCUAAAAAUAUACUCCAAAAUACUGUCAUCUAGAUUAAACAAAGUCCUUCCUGAGAUCAUACAUGUAGACCAGGCUGGCUUUGUCCCCAAUAGAGAGGCACGGGAUAACACGGAUCAUUUAAAGAAAAUUUUCAGCAACUGUCCUGGGGAAAUUGAGGGAGAAAAGAACAUUGCAAAUUUUUCAACUCCAAUCAGUGACCUUCAAAAAAAGAUAAAUGAAGUCUUCGACAAAAUUCAACUAAUUGUUCCCAAUGCAACAUUUACCUACUUAAAUAGAACUACAAAUGGGGAAAAGAGCAAGAUUUUUAUUGCAAGCCCGAGACAAAAAUAUUGCAUAGGAGAAGAGUUUGUGGUUCAAAUUGACAUGUAUGAUCACCUCGGAAGAAGGAAAGGAUAUGGAGGGGACUUCAUUAGGGCACGUAUUUUUUCUGAUGAACGCAAAGCCAGUGUAUGUGGAAGAGUGGAAGACUUUAAUAAUGGGAGCUACCAUGUGCAUUUCCCUUUGUACUGGGAGGGCCAGGUCAAGGUGUCUGCCAAGUUGUUUCAUCCCAGUGAAGGUAUUUCAGCUCUCUGGAGAGCUAGACAUGCCAGUCUUGGAGUUCUUGGCUUUGAAGGCAAAUUUGUUAGUCGUAACCAAGAAGCCACCACUAAAUGUGGUUUUAAACUCAACACAGACAAGGAGGUUUGUGAAUAUGUAGAUCCAGAUGAUGAGAAUGCAUUCUACUGUAUCAAGCCUGAGAAGUUACCAUGUGACUCUCUACAUGACAUGAAAUCAUUUGACAUUCAUCUCUCAUACUUGAGCAAGGAGGAACAACAAAUGUUUCAGAGGUCCAAUAUUGCAGUUGAAAUACCAACACAUUUCAAGUUCAUAGAUGUUUUAGCUGAUGAUUCCGAAGGCAUUGAUGAUUCUGGAGCUAAUGUUACUGAAAAUAUUGUAGACAUGGCAAGGCAGCUGGAACUAGAGCUAGAAGAUGUUGCUGAACUGCUUGCGUCCCAUACUGAGCCCCUCAGCAAUGAAGAUCUUCUAGAACUUGAAGAGGAGAGAGAAGAAGAAGUGCAAAAUGGGGUUGAGAUUAUCGAACAGCCUGAAGGCUUAACUUCAAAAAUUCUCUUUGAAGCUUUCCAUCAUCUUGAUAGCGCCAUGACUCUUUUUGAAAAGCAUGAUAGGGAUUUUGAAAGAAGCUCCACAGUCAAUGGUAACAUUUUGGGGGCUUAUGUUUGUUACAAAGAAAUCUACGGAGAAAAGAAGAGAGCUACACUUCAAACCUCCAUAGAGACUUACUUUUCUAAAAGUCCAUCAGCACGCAGAUCAUCAUCAUCGACAGACAGUCAUUUUGAUCCCAGAUCAUCCACAUCAACUGACAGUCCAUUUCCAGCUCUGACAUUACCACCCAGUCCUGCUCCUUCUCGUAUUGCUACUAUUCACCAGCAAGAAAGCGUCUCGCCUUUGAAGAAUUCAAAACCAAAAUGUCAGACAGGAAUGAGCUCUCCAUUUCCCAGUGGAUAUUUUUUAAAUGAUCUCUGGAUCCCUGUUUAUUGUAAUAUGACUCCUUAUCGAAAUGGGGAGGAUUAUAUUAGAUGUCUUCAGGGGAAGAAGCUGUUCCUUAUAGGGGACUCCACAAUACGUCAGUUCAUCAUGCACUUUACUGAAGGCAAUAAAAUAGUAAAGUAUUUUGGAUACCGUGGAAAAGGAUUUAGCCAAUGGCAAAAUACCCUACUGGCGUUAAACAUGGAGAAAGAUAUUUAUGUGUCCUUCAAAAGACAUGGAUUCCCACUGGAAAGCUCCAUAUUCUACUACUUCCAAGAGGAUAUGUACACAAGCCGUCAAAUUGACAUGCAAGGUGGGGGGAAAGAUACCAUAAUCAUGAUUACCAUGGGACAGCACUUCAGACAGUUCCCUCUUCACCUGUUCAUCAAACGAGCCAUUAAUAUACGCAGAGCUAUAGAACGCCUGUUCCUCAGGAGCCCAGACACCAAAGUAAUCAUCAAAACAGAAAACAUCAGAGAAAUAACCAAUAUGGUGGAAAGACUUGGAGACUUCCAUGGCUACUGUCAAUAUCUUGUGCUUAGGGAAGUUUUCAAAGGACUAGAUGUUGGUUUUGUGGAUGCCUGGGAUAUGAGUGCUUCAUCAGGUAUUGAAAAUGUUCAUCCUCCUGGAAAAUUACUUGAAAAUAUUAUGAGUCUGAGUUUCACAUUUGCGUGUUUGUAA